AUGCUAGCAGCGCAUCUAGACCGAGGCAGCAGCAGCAGCAUUUGCGUCAGACAUCCACCGCUUGUCGCCCGCAGAGGACGGCAGUCCCAAACUUCAUUAGCGCGUGUCUCGCUGCUCCUGCCGCUUCUUGUCUGCUCGACGGUUUUAAGUUAUUCACCCGUUUCCGUGGCCGUGGUCGUGGAGCAAGAGCAAGGCAAGGUAUUGGCGGACUGUGUGGUGGAGAUGGGUGCGACGAGUUACGACUGGACUCCGAGCGAUCCGUGCACGCCGGACUUCGGCCUCGAGUGUAACGCCGACGGAACACUCAAGUCCAUUGACUUCUCCGGUUCUUCUCUGGGAGGAAGCAUCUGCUCCACUAUAGGCAACCUCAGUACACUGGUUUCACUCAAUCUGGGCUACAACUCGCUGUCAGGCCCCAUCCCUGCCAGCAUUGGCCAGCUUCCCCUGCUGCAGACACUCGAUCUGAGCUACAACUCCUUGUAUGGCCCCAUCCCUGCGAGCAUUGGGCAGCUGCGCCUGCUGCAGAAACUCGACCUCUCAUACAACAGCCUACAGGAUACCUUGCCUUCCACCAUUGGCUCUUUAUCCAGCCUUCAAAUCUUCGAUCUCUCAGGAAACGCCAUAAAGGGUCUCUUGCCUUCCACCAUCGGCUCCUUAUCCCGUCUUCAAAUCCUCGAUCUACUCAACAACUUUUUCAACGGAACACUACCCGCAUCUCUGAGUGCGCUCACUGAUCUGCAGAUUCUCGACCUUGGAAACAACUCCUUUUCUGGAAGCUUCCCCACUUUUGUUUCAAGGCUAACUCAGCUCUCGUUCCUGUCGCUCUUUUACAACAAGUUUGUGGGAUCGGUUCCCUCGUCCAUCUCUCGCCUCUCGAAGCUCCAAGCUCUGAAUCUAGGUGCAAACAAUUUCGAGGGGGAGAUCCUUCCAGCAGUGGCAACCCUACGCAACCUGGUUGCUGUUGACCUUUCAUACAACAUGUUCUCUGGUUCCAUUCCGACAGAGUUUGGCAAGCUCACCAACUUGCAGACUGUUGUUUUCCUAGACAACGAGUUCACAGGCAGCAUACCACAAUCCCUCGCUUCGCUCAAGAAACUCAAUCAAAUUGACUUUGCCCGCAACAUCUUCCGAGGCGCCAUCCCUUCUUUCUUCGCCACCCUCACCAACCUCAGCAUGCUGCACUUUGACAAUAACCAGUUCUCCGGAGAAAUUCCCUCCCAAUUGGGAAGCCUUACAAAUCUCACAUAUCUGGGUUUCGCCAACAAUGCUCUCUCGGGCACUGUUCCUCCCACCCUCGGAAAUCUCCUGCUCCUCACAUCGCU